AUGCCUAAGAAGAACGGAAAGAUCAGAAUAUGUGUGGACUACCGAGAUCUCAACAAAGUUAGUCCAAAGGAUGAUUUUCCCCUGCCAAAUUUCCACAUCCUCAUCGACAAUUGUGCGAAACAUGAACUGCAGCCAUUUGUGGAUUGUUUCCUGCUAAAGAAGGAUGCUGCCACAAAAUGGACGGAGGAGUGCCAGAAAGCCUCUGACAAAAUCAAAGAGUAUCUUUCAAACCUGCCAGUGUUGGUUCCCCCCAAACCAGGGAAACCAUUAUUGCUCUAUUUGUCAGUCUUGGACAAUGCCUUCGGCUGUAUGUUAGGGCAGCGUGAUGAAACUGAGAGGAAGGAGUAG